UGGGACGCUCCGCAGACUGCGAACAGGAGGAGAUGCGGGAGGGUGGGAUGAGAUGAGGAGACGAGAGAGAGAGGAGGAGGAGGAGGAGGAAGAAAGUGCCUGAAUCCAUCUCUCUCCUCCCUGUGACGUGGCUCGCCGUGGACCCGCGGCUCUCCGGUCCCGUCUCAGCAGAACCCACUUUGGCUUCCGUCCCGAGCGUCCACGCGAAGCGCGGUACGAGAGAGCGACGCACGGCCACGCAAGAGGGGCGGGGGAGCAAGGUGCGCUGCGGGCACCCGCUCCUUCUCUAUCCACUCCACGCGGCCCGCCUCGUCCCGCAUCCCUGAAGUGUGUCAAAAGAGCGCGGAGAGGAGAGAGGAGCGCAUCCCUGAAGCGGAGGAGCGCAUCCCUGAAGCGGAGGAGCGCAUCCGGAGCGCGUCCCCUCGGGCCGGAUCCCCCGCCGAGAAGAUGCUGAGAUUAGUCUGCGUGCUGGCCGCGGCGGUUUGGGGGCUGAGCGCCGCUCACAGCAAAGUGAACAAACACAAGCCUUGGAUUGAGACAUCGUACCAUGGGGUGAUCACUGAGAACACCGACGUGGUGCUGCUGGACCCUCCGCUCGUGGCCCUGGAUAAAGACGCCCCCGUCCCAUACGCAGGGGAGAUCUGUGCGUUCAACAUUCAUGGGCUGGAUGCUCCAUUUGAAGCGGUGGUGCUGAACGGGACAUCUGGCGAGGGCCAGCUGAGGGCACGCGGCCUGGUGGACUGUGAGCUGCAGAAGGAAUACACCUUCAUCAUCCAGGCGCACGACUGCGGCUCUGGACCGCGGGGCACUGAGGGCAAAAAGUCCCACAAGGCAGUGGUUCACAUACAGGUGGACGAUGUGAACGAGUUUGCCCCCGUGUUCCGGGAGCCCCUGUACCGAGCUGCUGUGACGGAGGGCAAGAUUUAUGACAGCAUCCUGCAGGUGGAGGCCACAGAUCAGGACUGCUCACCACAGUACAGCCAGAUCUGUAACUACCAGAUUACAACCACAAACAGCCCUUUUGCAAUCGAUCGAAAUGGUAACAUCCGGAACACAGAGAAACUGAGCUAUGACGGUCAGCAGCACUACGAGAUCCAGGUGACGGCCUGGGACUGUGGCCAGAAGAGAGCCUUGCAUCCGGUCCCUGUGCACAUUGAAGUCAAGCCGGUCUGCAGACCAGGCUGGCAAGGUCUGAAUAAGCGAGUAGACUACGAACCUGGAACAGGCAGCAAGCAGCUGUUUCCCAAGAUGCACCUGGAGACGUGUGGCGAGCCUCUGUCCUCAGUUAGGACCACGGUGGAGCUGCAGACCAGCCACAUCGGGAAGGGCUGCGAUCGAGAGACGUACUCCGAGAAAUCUCUACAGAAGCUUUGCGGUGCCUCGUCUGGCAGUACUGACCUCCUUCCAGCUCCCAGCGCUGCCACCAAUUGGACAGCUUCCCUGCUGUCUGACAACGGGAGGGACAGCGACUUAAUUUUCCGAUUUGACGGUCACCAGGCGGCCAAAAUCCCAGACUGGGUGGUACCGCAAAAUCUGACCGACCAGUUCACCAUAGCAACGUGGAUGAAACAUGGGCCCAGCCCCGGGCUCAGAGCGGAGAAGGAGACAUUACUCUGCAACUCUGACAAAACCGAGAUGAAUCGCCAUCACUAUUCACUCUAUGUCCAUAAUUGCCGCCUGGUAUUCCUGCUGAGGAGAGACUUCAUCCAAGCGGACGCCUUCAGACCGGCGGAGUUCCACUGGAAACUGGAUCAGAUUUGCGAUAAAGAGUGGCAUUACUACGUCAUCAAUGUGGAGUUCCCGGCGGUGACGCUCUUUGUGGACGGAGUCACCUACGACCCCUACCUGGUGACAGACGACUGGCCCAUCCACCCAUCGCAGAUUGAUGUGCAGCUCACAGUUGGAGCCUGCUGGCAAGGUGGGGAGGUGACCAAGCCGCGGUUCACCCAGUACUUCCGGGGAAGCCUUUCUGGACUGACCAUCCGACCAGGGAAGAUUGAGAGCCAGAAAGUUAUUUCAUGUCUGCAGGCCUGCAAGGAAGGACUGGACAUUAACUCCCUGGAGAGCCUGGAUAAGAGUAUCAAGUUCCACUUUAAUCCAGCUCAGUCCAUCCUGGUAAUGGAGGCAGAGGACUUGCAAAACAUCAACACCGCUGUGAGGAAGGUUUCCUACAUCAACUCCCGCCAGUUUCCCACGCCAGGCAUCCGGCGUCUGAAAAUCUCCACCUCUGUUCAGUGCUUCGGUGAAGACACCUGCAUAACCAUCCCAGACAUGGAUGCGGUGGUGAUGGUCCUGCAGCCCAGCGAGCCCCGGAUCACCAUCUCUGGAGUGGAGAGACUCAGCCGGCCAGCCUCUGACUUCCGAGCUUCAGGGGGAAUCUUUCUCUUCCAGGACCUCCACAUCAUCAGCACGGUCACCAGAGCAGACACCGCUGUGCGCCGCACAGCACAUCAGGGCGGUGUGCUGGAGGAGAUUAUUCACAACCUGGACUACUGUGAUGUCUUGGUGUUGGGAGAGGAGCUGAGUCCGGAACACGAGUCUCUCCAACUGCACCGAAGCUCCAUGCUGGGGAAACACCUCGACGCCACCAAUUCCACCUCUGGCAUGUCCAUAUAUGGUGUGGACUCCAUGUCGACCUAUGAGCAGGUAAUCCGACAGGUGCGCUACUACAACUGGCGACCAGAACAGCAAACGGAGAGGAGGUUUCGCCUCACCUGCUCAGAGCUCAAUGGUCGCUACACCAGCAAUGAAUUCAACCUGGAGGUGAGCAUCCUGCACCGGUCAGCGACUAUGGAGCAUGUCAAUCACAUGGUAGCCCCCCCUCAGUACAUGCAGGUGGUUCACCACCCGUCUAUGAUCAGCGACUUGUACCCGAACCAUGCAUCAGGUGUUCCCAGUGCUGCCACAGUGAUUAUCGUCAUGUGUAUCGCCGCCCUGGUGGUGGUGGUGGUGCUGGGCAUAUAUCACAUCCAUGUGACCCACCAGCAGGAGGUGAAGUUGGAAGACACGGCUAAAGAAGAAGACGAGAGCUGGGAUGACUCUGCCCUGACGAUCACAGUCAACCCAAUGGAGAAUCUGGAGGAGCCUCAGGCUGCAGAGGAAGAGGCUAGCGAGGAGGAGGAAGAGGAAGAAGAGGAGGAGGAUGAAGAGGAAGAUGAGGACGACAUCACUAGCGCAGAGUCAGAUGACAGCGAGGAAGAAGUGGACGUCCAGCUACCCAGAGUGCAAAGCUCGAGCAAGAAGAGCCACAGCUGGGACAAAACAACAAUAACUUACUGAAGCCCUCCUGUUACACACACACAAACAGACACACACUCACUGCAACACAUGUCUUCAAAGCAGAUGGCUAAAGAAAAAAAGCAAAGACUUUUUACAAAAAGUAGGUAACAUCGCCCCCUCCUGGAAGACGUCAAUAAAACAUGGAUUGAAGGAAUUGAAUAUUAUAAGUUUUGUCACCUUGACAGCUGAUAAAAAUAAUGCAAGACUAAAAUGUUUUUCAAGUUAAGGUCACCCCUUCCCUCUUAUCAUGGCACACACACAGCAACAGAACAUAAUUCAAUCCAUUUUUGUGCCAUCAUCUCAGUUCCCACGUGUCAAAUUUGACCAGAUUUCUGAUGUCCCACAUCCAAAAAUGCAAAAACAGCCUUUAUUUACAAAAAAUAAACAAAAAAAUGUUGUAUAAGUAAAGAAAUUAGACUAUUUUUGGUUUGAGUAUGUAUUAUUUAUCAGUCCUUAUUGUAGCCAAUGUGGCAAAACCAGGUGAUUUUACAGAAAAAAAAACAUAUUUUCAAUGGUACACAAAAGCAAACAAAAAAAAGGAAAAAUUACUCGGUGUGACGUCCUGUUGAACCAGCUGCAGCUGCUGUGAGCUGGCUUUUCUGGGUUUUUUGGGGAAACAAAUAAAAGUCUCCGUACAUUUUUAUAUCCUCACUUUGUGUAAAUAUUGCUAAUAACCCCUUCAGAAAAUAGAAAAAAAAAGAAAAAGAAAAAAUACCCCAUACCUUCUACCUUUACACAGCAGGCACCUCCUCUUCAUAUGUAUGUGCACAGCCAUGCGUCCCUUAGCCUGCACGAGUCCGUCCACAGCUCAUCGUCUGUGUUUGUAGCUCAGUGUUCGCAUCAUCCCAGCGGACACCAGGGUUGGAUUGUUUGGGUGGAUGUGCCGCUGCCCCCACACUGACCAGGUCAGGCCAGACACGACAGGUGACAGUAGCAUCGUUUCACCUCCCACUUUUCUAGAGUAAGAUGUGAUGUCCUGAGCAACAUAAAUGGAAGAAAAUGUGAAGAAAAAAAGGUGGAAUUUAAACUUGAUAGCUGGUAAAAGCCCCAAAUUCCAUCAUCAGUAAACAAAAUGCUCACUUAAAUCAGGGGUGUCCAAACUUUUUUGCUAAAAGGCUCAAAAUCUAAAGAAGAUCCCUAUCCAUGGGCCAAAUACAUUUUUUUUGCAUGUCAUGGAAUUUAAGGAGAAAAUAAAGAAUGUGGCUUAAUCCAUUUAUUUUGAUUCUGUAUUCAUUAAGGUAACACACAUUAGUAAGGCUAAAAAGUAACAUUUGUCUUUGAAACCGUUAACAGCAAGGCCUCACUGGCCAUUUUAAAUUGAAAAACAGUAGCAAGCUAAAACAAACUUUCUUCCAAUGAAAACAUCAAACUGGGAUCCUAAAGAGAGAUUUGGAGCUGGUCUGUUGACUGUAUCUGUUUGCCAUUGUCGCUCCAUUUGGGCUAGCAAAAAAAAACAGCUAAAAGCAUUGGAAGUAACCAUGAAGGCUCUUGCGAAUUUCCUAACACACAAAAAAAGCCCAGUACUGACUCACUUGUGGGUUGUUUCACCUAUAGCUGCAAGGAAAGAAAGUGCCAACAGCACCACCCGGAGGCUAAAAGUAUAUUACAGCUGUAAAGUUUUGGAAGACCAUAGAGAAUCAAUGGAAACGGGAAAGGGUUUUAAACUAAACAUUCUGCAGUUUCUGUAGCCACGACUUGACCCACGGACCCCCCUUUGGUCACCCAUGACUUAAAGUUAAAAAAAUAUCAACAACAUUUAUUUGAAUAAUAAAGUUUGAUUUAAAAAAGUUUUCCUCUCAAAAAACUGAGCCACUGUCCCUCUGAUGCUACGUUCACAAAAGGUGUGCAACGCACAUUCUAGACCACUAAACAGGAAAGGGAGGGGCUUCAUCUUUGUCUUUUCCUUCUGUUUAUUAGCACAUGUCUGCCAUCUACAAUUGGAAUUGGUUUGGAGUGAAAUGUGGAAGAGGUACAAAUCUCAUAAAUCUUGCUCCAGGCUUUUUAAUACCGUCUGAGUACAAACCACAAUUAAUUAAUUCUCCUAUGUGAUCAAUUUUCAAAUGGUUGGCACUUCUGUUAAUUGAAAGGAUAUACUUCACUACCAAAUCUGUUUACGAUUGGUUAAUGUUUAACUUUCAACUCGAGUUUUGUCCACAUAGCCUGAAAACUGUCGUAGAAACUGUCAUAGCGACGUGUGAACGUGAGAGUUUUGAAUGCGGAAGCCUAUGUGUACACGUGUUAAAAUACACUUUUGACUAGAAAUGGUCGCUUGAACACGCAUUGCCGUGGGCGUUGUGAACGUAGUGAUCUUCAGUCCAGCCACAUGUGCAUGAUAGCGUACAUGAGACCUGCACCGUUCAGAGUGGGUGACUCACCUCCUAAACAUCCGGUCACACAAGAUUUGAUGGCCAUAUAAUGGGUAAAAACUUGGAAAAUCUGCCACACGUGCUUAGACGCGCUAACUUUGUUCAUGCUUGUGGAAUAGCAGUGACGCAGACGCCAGAGUCCAUUCCACUGCCACUCCUCUGCCAAUGCACUGCGUAAUGGCGUGUAAGCACGUCCUCCCACAGGUAACACCAAUUUGGGGUUCACACGUGUGCGCUCAGCUGCUAAACAGACGCUGUAAGCAGUGGUACAAACUCAGACUGGCUGGGGAAACGGUCGUGCUGCAGUGUGUCCAAGUGUCCAAGCGCGUGUGCCGUCGUUCGCUCCACGGCCCAAUCUCACACUAAAACUGCUGUUGCACUGCUGUUCCAUGACCAUUGCACGGCUGUACCACUGGUACCGCACGCAGUCUCAAUUAUUGUGCGGUUCAAAAAUUCUUUCCGCGUGUAACAGCGACCAAAUUGUGUACCGCAUGGAUGCGUGUCUAUUCCUCGCCCACAUCUCAGAUGUUGCACUUCCAGUCCAGUGCUAACAGCAUCUGUGCCACAGGGAUGACAUUUUUUCUAUGCUCUGGCCGUGAAAACCAGUGGGACGGGCCGUAAAAGAGAAAAACUCACUUUGACGACAGACAGAAAAAAAGAUCUCCAGACUUCUGUAUGUUUGGUGUCACAUUUACUACUUUGAUUUUUACAACUUGUGCGACUUUCUUGCCACAAACAGAACCUGUGCUGUUCUGAAGAAUCACUGACUGAGCAGUCGAACUUAUCAGGGUCAUAAACCCUAAUAUCAAAUACUCAUGUGGAAAUAAGUUUCUGCCUUAGAAUUGUGCAUUUUCAUUUAUUUUGCAGACUUUUUCCUCUUGGUUUUAAUUGGAAGCCUCACAAUAUUGAUUCACAUCAGACCUCAGUUCUAUUGGUUUUUAAAAAUCACAUCAAUAUAUGCAGUUUUAAUUUAAUUUUUGCAUCCCAGAAAGUCAUUAAAUUUCUAAAGUUAAGUCAAUUUGACUUUUUUUCACUUUAAGUUAAAUAGUAAAAAUGUUUAGCUUUUCAAAGUUAAAAGUAAACAAACAGAACCUAAAUUGAAUGAAUAUCAACCAUAAAUUGCAUUUUUUGUUGUUGCUUUUUCUCUCAAUGCUGCUAGAUGCAUAUAUGUUGCUUGGCAUGUAAUUAAAUAAAAGCCAAACACUGAAUCUGCAGCUUUUCUAAUUUGUUUGGCGUUUUGUACCGAUCUUUAAAGACAGCAAUAGCUUUUUUUUCUCUACUAAUGGCUGAAAGAUCUCAAAAUAAAGCCUGUGUUUGGUCUCUUUUCCUGGCUAAUUGUUCUGAAAACCAAUCUUAGAAAUCACGUUUGUUUGAUUUAAUGGCAGUCUGUUCUGUUCAAUAACUGAGUCAGCGUUUACCACAUUUAAAAAGUAUCAGUACAUUUUAUUCUCUGUCACAUUGAUCAAUAAUGUAACCCGUUAUCCAUGCAAAAAUGUUAUUCCUGAGAUUUCAAUAAAGAUUAGAAAUGGUCUUUAAGGGGAAAAAAGCAUUUAAAUAAGGAGAAAUAAAUGAGGCAGCAGUUCACACCAGCUGCUUGUGGUGUUGCCAGAUUGGAAGAGCAGAGAUUAUGUCGCACAUAAUCAAAGGUUCUUUUUUUGCAUCAAAGUGAAAGGGCAUUACUCUCUGAUCAUGGCCGCUCUGACUGGAACCGUCUGUAAUCUUUGAUAGCAGAGGAUCCACACAGCGGCACGUGUAUGUGCUGUCUGAGCCGGGCCUCGCCUUGGACAGCUGCUCUGUGGGCAUGGAAACCUACUGUAUGUGUAAACUGUAGCUCUAUUGUAUGUUCAUGUAAAGAUCUCAGAUGUCGUUUGAGAGUUUUCCUCAUCUGCUGUGACACCUGGUCUUGUGAUUUCACCUUCCUCCUUGCAUCCCCCCCACACUUGAAACUUUUGGUGGACUUGCAUCGGCCUCACCCCUACUGUUGUCCUGACCUUUGUUUUAGAAGAGGGUGAUGAGACGAGCAUCGAAUCCCUGUAAACCGUGUCGACGCUUUUUCCUUUCCUCUGGACUCUUUGGUCUGUUUUUCUUUGGAAUGGUCACUACAGCACUUUCUGUAAAUUGGCCAAUAAAAUCUUGUUUUAGAAUCAA